AUGCGAUCUUCUCGUCGAAAAGUUCGCUUCCCCUCCAUCAAAAACCACCCAGCUCAAUCUAAGGCAUCCGCAAAAUCCACCACAACAGCCGCAGCCGUCCCCGGCAGCAGCACAAACACAGGCGGGGAUCCAUCUACAUCACCUCUCUCGCACAAAAACCUACCCUCCAGAAGAUCAGGCACUGCUCCAAAAAUGGCCACGGAACAGCAACCGCCUCGACAAGGGGUGCCGUCCUUGUUCACUCAACCUCCCGUCGUCCGCAACGGCGCAGAGACCGAAACCACAAGGGCCCAGGAUGAAACUGUCCAACAGUGCUUGCCGUUCUUGAAAGGCGUGGCUCCGACACUAUAUGGGCCCUUUAACGAACAUGGGAUUCCCAGUCUCUAUCGAGAUGCCCACAUUGCCUUUCUGUACGAUGCGCUCGAGGAGUAUCCGGGCAAGUUUGUCGGGCUGGAUGCAAGUCGUCCGUGGAUGAUGUACUGGGGUCUGGCUGGAUUGUAUUUUCUAGGAGAAGAUGUUACGAAGUUUAGGCAGCGGGUCAUAUCAACCGCUACGCCCAUGCAAAAUUCGACUGGAGGUUUUGGUGGAGGCCACGGCCAGAUGUCACAUUGUGCAUCGUCCUAUGCUGUGAUUCUCAGUCUCGCCAUGGUUGGUGGAGCAGAGGCGUUUGGUUUAGUGGAUCGAAUGGCUUUAGGUGCCUACUGUGUGAUGGUCAUGAUAGCAUUGUUGGAUUUACCAAUCGAGCUACCUUCUGAUGCGCCAGCAAGGCAAUUCGGGUACGACACGUUUAUAAGCGGAUUGCCAGAAUAUCUUUCGAGAUGUCAAACAUUCGAAGGAGGGGUCUCUGGUGGCCCCGGCACUGAGGCACAUGGUGCAUAUGCAUUCUGCGCACUAGCAUGCUUAUGCAUCAUGGGAAGUCCUUGUGAGAUGAUUAACAACCAUUGGGUCGGAGGUUGCUGGCCUUUGAUCCAGGCUGCUCUGAAUGGCACGCAAGUAGAUCCCGAUAACCCCCAACCCAAAUUCGGCAGCCUGUAUAGUCGCGAGGGUUUGACGAGGUAUAUUCUCGGCUGUUGUCAAUCUCCUCAUGGCGGACUGCGUGACAAACCUGGAAAGCCUGCCGAUUCUUACCAUUCAUGUUACACCCUCGCAGGGCUCAGUAACACGCAAAAUUACCACUUUGACACUGCCACUGGGCCCGUAGCGCGAGGUCCCUUCUCUUCAGCGUUUUCAUGGUCACACAUACCUAUAACAUCACCUACUGAUGUUGAGCCCGACGGCGUUUUGUUUCACGAGAGAGAUCGCCUCAACGUUACCCAUCCACUCUUUGUUAUUCCUCACUCAGCCGCAGAAGCAAUGAGGUCUUGGUAUGAAUCGAACCCGAUUCCCGAAUGCAAUCGCUUGUAA